GAGAGAGAGUUUGUGAAAAUGUAUCCGCUCUUGAGAGUUGAGAGUGUGCAUUGAAACUAUUAACUGAACAGAUUUUUAUAUGUUUUAUUUAUUAGUUUAUUGACCUGAUAUCUGUACAAACUGACAGACAAUGAAGUCAUAUUGAACUCAGUUUUUGGAGUUAAGUCUCUAUAUUUCACUAGUGAAAGAGACGAGACGAGACUCUCUUUCUAUCUCUCUCUUCAGUCUCUAAUAUCUUGCUUGUUGCUCAGUGAUCUUGAAGCACAGUGCGUUGUGUGUCUCAUUUUCCAAACCCCUGCUUCUUCAUAACUUGCAAGAUCUCCUUUUUCUCUUCCUUUCCUUUCAUUAAACUCUGCAACAUUAAUCUUCGAGAAAUAACACUACCCACAAAAAAAAAUCCAAACUGAAACCAAGAUAAAAGUACACCAUUUUCCACUCCAAACAUAACCCACUUUCUCUGUUUCUCCAUAUGAACUCAAGUUUGUUCCUUUCUCGAUGAGUUGGGUUUUCUUCACUCUUCUUCUUGGGGGGGUUGAAUGGGUUGCAUGUUCUCUCAAUUAGCUUCAAAAUUUGCCUUCUUUCCUCCGUCCCCACCCACAUACCAGAUCAAGAAGCGUGAUAAUGGCAAGCUCACUGUGGUCUCCACUUCUUCAUCAUCUUCACUUCCCAUGCCUCUUGCUGAUGACAACUCGCUUGACGUGCUGUUGGUUGAUACAAAGAGGAACAACAAGAUUGUUGCCUUCUACUUGAGAAAUCCAUAUGCUCGCCUCACUGUGCUUUACUCUCAUGGGAAUGCUGCUGACCUUGGCCAGCUCUAUGAUCUCUUUGUGCAGCUUAAGGUCAACCUCAGAGUCAAUUUGAUAGGAUACGACUAUUCUGGUUAUGGGGCAUCUACUGGUAAGCCCAGUGAAUCCAAUACAUAUGCCGAUAUAGAGGCCAUUUAUCAGUGUCUACAGACUGAGUAUGGAGUUAGUCAGGAAGACUUGAUUUUGUAUGGGCAGUCAGUUGGCAGUGGACCCACAUUGCACCUUGCAGCUAAAUUGCCGAGGCUAAGAGGUGUGGUUCUGCAUAGUGGUAUCCUCUCUGGGCUUCGUGUGCUCUGCCAUGUGAAGUUCUCAUGUUGCUUUGACAUUUAUGAGAAUAUCAACAAGAUAAAGAAGGUGAAGUGUCCUGUGCUAGUAAUCCAUGGUACAGAAGACGAUGUUGUGAACUGGCUACAUGGAAAUGGAUUGUGGAAACUGGCGCGGGAGCCAUAUGAACCUUUGUGGAUUAAAGGUGGUGGGCACUGCAACUUGGAGCUAUUCCCGGAUUACAUCCGCCAUCUAUGCAGGUUUAUCCAUGAAAUGGAGAACAUCACAACCGAAAUCCGCCUCAAAAAGAUCAGGCAGACUCUCCAUCUCCCCAAGAGUUCUAAUAAUACACCUGCUGCUGUUGACCGGUGCUGUAGCUGUAGAAUCACUGCUGAUUAUUGCUGUAGUUGUAGAAUCAAAUGCUGGCGGCCCAAAUGCCCAGAAUGUUCAUUUCACAGUGGCUUCAAAUGCCCAUGUCGCCCCAAAUGCCCGGGAUGCUUGAUACCCAAUUGCUUAGGAUGUUGCUGGCGGCCCAAAUGCCUGGGAUGCUCGAUACCCAAUUGCAUAGGAUGUUGCUGGCGGCCCAAAUGCCCGGGAUGCUCGAUACCCAAUUGCAUAGGAUGUUGCUGGCGGCCCAAAUGCCCGGGAUGCUCGAUACCCAAUUGCAUAGGAUGUUGCUGGAGGCCCAAAUGCCUGGGAUGCUCGAUACCCAAUUGCAUAGGAUGUUGCUGGCGGCCCAAAUGCCUGGGAUGCUGGAUACCCAGUUGCAUAACAUGUUGUUUACUACCCAAAAGACUGAAAUGCUCAAGACCAAGUUGCCGGAUGAAUUGUUUUCAGUGGCGGUGCUGUGCAGGGACACAGUCAUAGUGUGAGGAAGGGAAAGCAGGAUGGCUGAUGGUGAGUACAGGAUUCACUAGCACCCCCUCUAAUCUUUGUGCAGUAGUGUACAAAAAAAAGGGGAAGUAGUCCUAUAAAUUAUUUGGAGGCAGCAUAAAUUGAAUUUUUGUUUGUUGAUUCUCUUUUCAUUCACGGACAAGCUGUAUGAUCAUGCGCCGGAAGGAUUCGGCGGGGUUAAAAUUAAACAAAACUUGCAUGUAAUUAAUGAACGUCCAGCAUAAGUAUCAUUGUCCUGCGCAUUAUGAUCCCUUGA